AUGUCAGAAAACUGUAUCCUACUUUUGCAUUUAUUUAUUCCCAUUAGACGGCACGCAUCCGCGAGACAAGGGAGAUUGAAGCAUGCCGAAUGGUUAAAAUCUACUCUGAAAAUCCAAAAGUUGCCAGGAUCACCUGCCUUGGUUAUAGCUCAUACUAUCAAACCUAGUGCUCUUUUCUCCUUUCCGACGUCGAAUAUGUUAAUCAUUGAGGGCUUAGCAGGAUAUGAGGGGUCUGGUGGUACUGGACUUUCUCCUCCUGGGGCGGGCCUUGCGAGAUCCGGCACGAUGGCGAAUCAUGGCUUUGCCCUCAAGAAAUUUGUUUUCAUUAUAUGUAACGACUCCACUCCACCACCAUGUUAUGCCAGGCAGCCCAUGUGUUUGAGGAGUCUUGUCCUGACAUGGGAGGAGGGCUAUUCGCCAUUCGGAGCUUCGCCUGUUAACAAACCCCAGAAAGCUAAAAUUGUUAUUUUGGUCGAAAAAGCUACUCUCGUACAGCUAGCUAUGCCUAUAUGGACUGACAAGCUUCCGUAA